AUGGAGAUACAGCUUGAUUUGAUUGGUAAAGGAACAGUAGCAGAAUUAGCAAUAAGACAUAGAAGAAUUUGCGAAAACAAAGAAGAAUACCAAAAGCAUAGAAAGGCAGUUAUGGAUGGUAUGGAUAGGGAAGAGCUCCUCAGAAAGAGAAAGAAUAAUGAGAAGGCUAACUCAAGGACACCAUUAGUAACAACGUAUACAAAAGACCUACCAAACCUGCACAACAUAGUAAGGAAGAAUAUGAAGGUACUUCACCAAUCGGAAAGGAUGCAAACAAUUUUUAGAGAACCACCGAUAAUUGCAUAUAGAAGAGACAGGAAUCUGGGAGAUAUAUUAGUGCAUGGUAAAUUAAACAAAGCCUGGGAUGAUAAGAGCUUAUGUGAUUCAGAGAAAUGUGAAGUGUGUAAUAAGAUACCUGCAGAAGGCAAGAUAACAUCUACAGAUGGAAAGAGAACUUUCAACGUGAGAAUCAUCAAGGAACGUGACUGGAUGAAGAGAUUACGAACGGAGCAUCCAAAUGGGUUGAAUAAGAAGUGCUCGGUUGCUUUUCUGUGA